AUGUGUGAAGAGCAAUUCAAAUUUAUCAAAAUCUACGGCGAGGCGGUCAGCGGCGACGACGCCGUCUCAUGCAGCACUUAUCGCGAUAAAACCGACGAGUUUUGCUAUGGAACUUGCUCAAAUCAGUUCACAUGCCUUAUUGCGCAAAUGACCGAUGGAUAUUGCAAACUUUGCCAUUAUCAAUCCAAGCCUCAUAUUAUCAAAAACGACAAUCAAAUAGUCUAUAUCAAGACAAAAAUGACGCUUCCCGCGUUCACUAUCAUUUAUACGUACGAGAAGACGAACGCCACGUUUUAUCGGUUCUCGUGUGCCGACCGCUGGAAUGUCUACACUCGGAAGAACGGCCAGAAGAUAAUGCUGACGGUGCUGCAAUUUGGUGAUGACGUUUAUUCGCGAGACGAAGCCGCGAAGCGAUGCCACUAUUUUGGAGCGGAAUUGGGCGGAAUCGAGAGCAGUCAGGAGUUGGUGCACGCGCAAAGCUUCUUUUCACCAUCGGUCGGCUCCGUGUGGGCGGGCGCUCAACGCAAACCGGACGCCAUUGACGAGUACGAAUGGACCGAUUCGACAGUAACCGGCACCGAGAUGAUCAAGUGGGAUGAUGGCUAUCCGAAAGGCUUUGAUUGUCUUGUCAUCGACGUUUUCACCGAGAAAGUUCAAGAUAGACCGUGCAUUGAUGAUUACAACGUGAUUCCAUCAUUUUUGUGUGUUCGAAGAGUUGAGAACACCUUUUAA